GCGGGCCAAAGCUUGAAAGCUUUGCAACAGCACAGCUUCGGAAGGACAAGAGUGGCAUUGGUAGGCCUACUGUUGUACGCAACACUCAUUGUAUUGUAUAGUGCAUCAAAACUCCGACAGCUUGGCAAGAUUCCCAGUUUUGUAUUGUAAUUUGCUUUGGUAUGCUUUGGUUGCUGUAUAUAUAUAGCUUGAAGUUGGCCUAGAAUCUGACCCUGGGUUGCAUCUGAGUGUUCCCAUUCUUUGCCAACUGAUCAGAUUGCAGCUGGAAGACUUCCGGUGGCUGAGAGGCGCCGACGAGCAGCUCACGAAGGGCUUCGAGGAGCUGCUGAGAGGUCGACAAGGCCAAAGUUGUUUGGCGGUUGACGAUGUUCUGUCGCGGAACUGGGACUUGGCAUACCCUGCAGAGUCUGAGUUGCUGAUGCACCUUCGGAAGAACAGAGAGGCCUUGGUGCGAGAGCUGCUGACGCUGCGGCCUUCAGCAGGUGUGCUUUGCAACAGGCAGGUUGUUGACGCAGCAGCUUGGAACAAGAGGAAGGCGUCCAAGUUUGAGCUGCAAGAGCUUUGGAAGAUAUUUUUCAGGGAUCGGAAGGUGCUGGUCAUCAUUGGAGAGCUCUUUGCCCCAACUUACCUGGAGUUCUUCCUGCAAGGGGCCCAGAGCGCUGCGGCGCGCUACGUGCAGCAGGACGAGUUCAACGAUGGACUCGCAGGCCUGCUGUCGGAUCUCCGUGCCAAUGUCGAAGACUUCGACGUGGCGCUGGUGGUGGGUUUCCCUGACCCACUGGGCGCUUUGCUGAGCGCUGGCCUGGACUGCGCUGUCCAGACGAUUGAUGGUGGGCUGAUGACAAUCCAGCCAAGGGCCGGGAAGUCGCAUCCAGAGCCGCCGCCGCUGACGUCCACUACCAGUGGUGGUUGGGCGUAUCCAAGGCCACACCUCCGAAGGGACACCCGCUGGUUGUUGCUGAACGGCCAAUGGGACGUGCAUAUUAGUCCCAGGGAUGCUCCUGCUUUGCCGGCAUCCUUCCACGAUGGGGUCGUAGAAGUACCCUACCCAAUAGAAUCGCACAGUGGUGGCUCUCUACGGAUUUCAGAGCACGAGCUGCUUUGGCUUCGGCGCAGGGUGCCCAGCACAAACUGGGGACGCACGCUUCUGCACGUUGACGGGUGUGAUUGGGAAUGCAGCAUCUUCGUAAAUGGCGUGCUUUUGGGCACCCAUCAAGGUGCUUACGACCCUUUCACCUUUGAGCUGCCGCCUGAUGAGGCCGUGUGGGAGAUUAUUAUGCGUGUUUGGGACCCCACAGACAGCGGUUGCGAGUACAAAGUGGAUGAGCAGCCCCACUGUCAUCGCUGCUGUGAGAGUGGAUGGCAGCCUCGUGGAAAGCAGUCCUUGCAACCUGGAUUUAUCAUGUAUUCUGCUGCCACAGGCCCAUGGCAAAGCAUAUGGCUCGAGGAGGUGCCCCAAGCAUGCCUCAUCCACUCUGCGGAAACGCAUUUGCUUCAGCCCAGAGCGGACAGUGGCGUUCGCCUGGAGGUGCAGGUGGCACCGGGUUGUGAGCUCAAUGCCAAGCUGACCGCUUCAGUGCUGUUGCGAGGUCAGACCUUGGUUGAAGAGAGUAGCAGUGCGGGUGCUCAAGUGGUGGAUCUGCCUCCAUUGCCGGAGCUUUGGAGCCCAGAUCGUCCCACGAUGUACACUGCGCAACUGGCACUCUGUGACUCGACCUGCGACCGGGUGACCUUCCACUUUGCAUUGCGAUGGCUGUCCAAGUCAGAGAGCCAUGGACCCAAGGAGGAAGUGACGUUGCUUCUCAAUGGGGAGCCCGUUUUCCAAAGUGGUGUGCUUUACCAGGGCUACUGGCCUGAAUCAUUGAUCGCCCUCCCGGGCCCACUGGCCUUGGAGGAGCUCCGGGAGAUCAAGGCUAUGGGCUUCAACCUAGUUCGGGUCCACGCCACCGUCUUACCGGCGAUCUUCUAUCACUUUUGUGAUCAAGAGGGCCUCCUGGUGUGGCAAGAUUUCCCUGCUGGGGAUGGCCGGGCAUUGCCGUUAUGGGAUUCGGCACGGGGCACCUUCGAGCAGACCGGCACAGUGAGCCCUUUGGAGAUGGAUGAGAUUCAACGCUUUCCCGAGUCUGCUUCCAAUUUUUGGAAGGAGCUUGAAGCCAUGAUCUCAUGGCUUCGCAGCUUCGGAUCCAUUGUUUGCUGGGUUCCUUUCAAUGAAGCCUGGGGGCAAUUCCAAACGAUGCAAGUGGUGCAGUGGCUUCGGCAAUUCGGUGGGAAUCGUUGGAUCAACAUGGCCAGUGGCUGGAAUGAUGUGGCUGAUCUAUUUCCCGGCAUGGAUGCUGGUGAUUUGGUAGAUGCUCACAACUACGAAAACCUGCCGUACGAGGGUCUGCGGAGCACCUUCCAAUUGUGGCCUUUGCCAAUGCAGGGUCGUGCUUUGGCACUAGGCGAAUAUGGCGGCCUUGGCUUUCCGUUAGAGGGCCACGAGUGGUCACCAGAGACUUCCUGGGCCUAUGGGAAUGUGAGUCUCACCGCCGAGGAGUUUGGCCUGCGAUUCCUGGAGCUGGGAGCACGUGUGCAAGAACUGUUAUGCGAAAACUGGAUGUCUGCCGUGGUGUAUACCCAGUGGAACGACAUCGAGGAAGAAGUCAAUGGCUUGGUGACCUACGAUCGUGUCUCCAAGCUGCCAAGAAGCACGGUUCUGGACUUCAAUCGCCAGUUGAAGGAGGCUCAUGCCCGCUGUACCCGCAAGUGGGACCAAAAAGGGGCAUAUUCAUGAGAGAGAGAGAGAGAGUCAGGAUGAGUGACACUCAAUUCUGUGGCCUUAGUGCUUUAGACAAUGUCUUUUGGAAGGAGCCUUGUGCAAACUUGCCCUGUACAUGCUGUGCUCCAAAUACUUACUAGGCCUGAAAGCAUUACGCAGAAUCCAUUCUAGUGGAAUCGGAGUAUGGUCAAGCAACAACCUGCUGAAGCUAUUUGGUUCAACCCAGCUUGUUGCAGAGAAGUGG